UGGUGUUCUCUGUUGAUACCAUUUCAUGUCCCUCCUUGGCUACAAUAUUGAUAAGAGGAAAGAUCUUUCCUCUCCCAAUGCGAAGUUUUAAAAGCAUUACCUCAUUCUGCCAAAUGUCCUGGAAAGGAGAGGGCUGGCAGUGGUGGAGCAGGUAUAUAGAUGGUGGGGCUGAGGAGCCCAGAAGUUCCUGGCUGGCUCUUUUGGCCUCUUUUUAAAAUUGGCCCCCAAUACAGGGAGUUAGUAGGCAAAGCUGCCUCCUCCUUUCUCUUAUCUGCAGAGGAGAGAUCAGUUCUCCGGCUGGCCAGGGCAGUGUCAUUGAUACAGCUGGUGUCAUCGUUACCUUCCACUGACAGAUCACUCAACACCUACUGGCCCAGGCAGGGCUGGGCCUGGGCCUUGCCCAGCUGAGCUAGACCUUGGACUGUCCCUGUUUUUCCAGAAGUCGAGGGUCCCAGAGGCUUCCUUGGUUCCGGCUACUUGGUCCCCUGCUGUCCUGGGGAGAGGAGAUACGCUCAUCACUGGCUGGGAGCUGAGGCAGAGUGAUGCUGCUGCACAGAGAAGGGGCGCUGAGAGUGGCGCCCGAGUGAGGCCAGGGCUGAAGAGUGGCUUGGGGCAUCCUGCCUGGCUGCUCUGGUCAGCUGCCCUUCUGGUGUGUGCAUCGCAGGUGGCACCAUGCUGCAGCAGAUCCUGCACGACAUGUACAUAGACCCUGAGCUCCUUGCUGAGCUCAGCGAUGUGCAGAAGCACAUCCUCUUCUACAAGAUGCGAGAGGAGCAGCUGAGGCGCUGGAGGGAGCGGGAGGCCUGGGAGGCCCUAUCCCAGGGGGACGGCCUGCGGCCCCCGAAGGUCAAGCGAGCAGCAAGUGACAAACACAUCCAGUGGCUCUUGGGAGAAGAUGGCGAGGUCUGGGUCUGGGUCAUGGGCGAAGGCCCUGGUGACAAGCCUUAUGAAGAGAUCUCCGAGGAGCUGAUUGCAGAGAGAGCGCGGCUGCAAGCACAGAGGGAAGCCGAGGAGCUCUGGAAACAGAAGGAGGCAGAGAUCACCAAGAAGUUCCGGGAUGCUCUAGCCAAUGAGAAGGCCCGGAUCCUGGCGGAGAAGUGGAAAGUGGAGAUGGAGGACCGCAAGGCUGCCAAAGUCCUGGAGGAACGCAUCCACGAAGAAUUCAAGAGGAAAGAGGAAGAAGAGAGGAAGCGAGGAGAAGAGCAGAUUCGCCUUCAGGAGGAACAGAGGGCGAAGGAGCUUUACUGGUCGCUGAAGCAAGCCCAGCUUCGUUGCCAAGCCAGCGAGAAAGAGGAGCAAGAGUGGGAAGAACAAUUGCGCAGGUCCAAGGCAGCUGAUGAGGAGAGGAGCCGCGGGGCCCAGCGUGCCAGAGAUGAGUACCGGCGCCACUCACUCCGUGCUAUCCAGAAGGGUACAGUUGCUGGCCUUAGCUCCAUGUUCCAGGAGCUCGGCCAGAACCAUGAGCAGGAAUCUAGACUCUACCACCAUCUUCCUGGUCCUGGUCCACCACCACCCCUCGCUGUGCCUGUGAGCAGGACUUGGGAGCGCCCACUGCGUCCACUCUCCAGAGAAGUCAUUGUGCGCUGGUUUAAGGAGGAGCAGCUGCCUCGCCGAGCUGGCUUCGAGAGGAACACCAAGUCGAUCGCUCCCUGGUUCCAUGGAAUUAUCAGCCGAGAAAAUGCAGAAGAUCUCCUGGAGAACAUGACUGAGGGAGCAUUUCUGAUUCGAGUCAGUGAGAAAAUCUGGGGUUACACCCUCUCGUAUCGCCUGCAGAAAGGCUUCAAGCACUUUCUCGUGGAUGCCUCUGGAGACUUUUACAGCUUUCUGGGAGUGGACCCCAAUCGCCAUGCCACACUCACGGAUCUCAUUGAUUUUCACAAGGAGGAGAUUAUCACUGUUUCAGGGGGAGAAUUGCUACAGGAACCCUGUGGACAGAGGGACAGCCCACCAGACUACCACCUAUUAUUUGAAUGAUUAUUUUUUUCCUUAUUAUAGUUAAAUCCCUUUGGGUACCCUCUUUCUGAACUCAGUGCAAGAACUUCCCAACUCAAAUCCCAGUGGCUUUCUAGAAGAUCUACCACUAUCCAGAGGAUCAAGUACAUCAGUAUGUCUCAAGAGAUAUGAAAUGUGUGCAUCUGUGCUAUGGGUCCCAUCCCAAUGCUCAGGACAGAAAUUGCUAAUAGCUGCUGCAACUGUUUCAUGGAGAAUUUAGCUGUGACCUCAGAAGAUUCACCCUAUUUGUCAUGGCUACUCUAAACUAAGCUCCUAGAAUGUAUGGAUCAUGUUUUAAUAAUCCAAAAUAUUCUAGUGCCGAACCUGGACUUUAACAUGUGGUGUGAUAAGCAUUCAAUAAAUGUCGGUUGAACAAA